UUUUUCGAUCAGCUGUUCUUUGAUCGAUCCGAUUGUUUGCUCUCUUUAUAGCACUGCGUCGGUGCAUUGUUAUCAGGCAAGUAUAUGUUAUUACCACCAGCAUCCGUACCACAUCUAUCGGUAGCGAGUGGAGCAAAGGAGUCGUAUAAGUAGUAAGUUUUACGCGCACAAACAAAAUCGCGCGCUCAAAAACUCAAGUGCCACGUCGAGGAUUUCAGUUUCGUCAUGUUCAGUCAAGCUGCACUUCGGGUGUGUCCAACGUGGCUCGAGAGCACAAUCACAUCCUUAUACUUUAGGGUAAAAAGUAUAUCUUCCCACGGAUUUGGUGGAUUUCACAGUCUCAGCAAAACGGUAGAUCAUUCCAAAAUGAAAGUUCACAUAUUGCCGGCGCUUCACGAUAAUUACAUGUAUCUGAUUGUCGAUGAAGCGACACAAGAGGCUGCCAUCGUGGACCCCGUUGCUCCAGAAAGCGUAGUUACCGCUGUGACGCAAAAUAACGUAAAAUUGACAAAGAUCUUAACUACACACCAUCAUUGGGAUCACGCCGGUGGGAAUGCAAAAUUACUGAAAACCUAUACUGAUCUUCCUGUGUACGGUGGAGACGACAGAAUAGUAGCUAUUAACCACGAAGUUAAGCACAAUGACACAUUCAAUAUCGGUAAUUUAUCUGUGAAGUGUCUGUCGACACCUUGUCACACACGUGGCCAUAUCUGUUACUAUAUCACGGGAGAAGGAUAUCCUCCGACUGUUUUCACAGGAGACACUCUCUUCGCCGGAGGUUGUGGCAAAUUUUUCGAGGGUACCGCUGAUCAAAUGUACAAGGCACUUGUCGAGGUUCUGGGUUCUUUACCCGAGGAAACAGAAGUGUACUGCGGGCAUGAAUAUACAGUUAACAACCUGAAAUUCGGCUUACACGUGGAACCCGACAAUACGGCGAUUCAAGAAAAAUUGGACUGGGCAAACACUCAACGUGAUAAUAAUCUUCCAACUGUGCCGAGCACCAUCAAAAACGAGAAAUUGACGAAUCCAUUUAUGAGGGUGCAUGAACAGUCCGUCAUGAAAUACGCGCAGCAAGAUGAUCCUAUCAAGACAAUGUCGCACUUAAGGCGCAAGAAGGACAAUUUCUAAGCUUAAUUUGCGGUACCUUACAGAAAUAUCUUCCGUAACUUACUCACUGAAUAUUUACAUUUAACUAACAUUACUUCAAAGUGCGGCUUGAAAGGUGCAUGGGUCGAAGAUUUUGUAUCCACAUUCACUUGUAUCAGAAAAAAAACUAAUAUGUACAAUAUUUAAUAUAUACAUAUCCUAAUUAUAAA